GGAGGAAGAGGUGCAGGACCAGGAGGAGGAGGAGCAGCACGAGGAAGAGGACCAGGAGGAGGAAGUCGCGGGGCGGUGGCGGGGAGGGGGACCCAGGGACGAAGUGAAGGGCGGCGUCUUGCAGCGAUGAUGGAGGGCACGUGUGAAGGAGGUGUGAGCGUCACGAGGGCGGGUCUCGCCGCCGUCACGCCGCAUUGCCUGAGCUCGUGGCUACGCAGCAGCAGGCGGCUCUGCGAGCUCUGCAUUGGCCAGACCCACGACAGCAAGGGUCUCGCAGAGGUUACGUUCGUCUCGUGCACCAGGAACGGCUGGGAUGAAGUCGACAAGGCCGGCUGGGAGGACGCGCCGCCGGCGAUUGGCGCGCUGGUGCGGUCCCUGCCUCCCCUGGAGAUUGGCGUGGACGAGGUGCUUCUGGUGACUAGGGCCGAACGAGGUUUAGCGCUGGGCAAGGGUGGAGAACACAUGACACCGUCACCGCCCGCGGGGGAGGGCCACGGGAACGGCGCCAUCUGCCUGUACCGCUGGCGGCCCUGGCUGGAGCACCAGCUGCACGUGGCCGCGCUCGGCUGCUCGUGGGCGAGCGACCGCCGGGUGGCCGAGCGCCGGGCGGGCGAGCGCCGCGCCGGCGAAAUGGCCGGGCUGGGCCACGGCCGCUGCGCGCUGUGCGACGUCGCUACGGCCGUCGAGGCGGAAGACGACACCAACUGCUCUGUGAGCUCCAUCGAGGACGACUUUGUGACGGCGUUCGAGGUGCUGGAGGACGAAGGUGGGAGCGGCGUGGAGAGUGACCCCAGGCAUGGCUGCGGUCACUGGCAGCAGGGCGGCGUGGAGGCCCCCGGACCCCCGGCCCGCGUCCCGGACGUCCGGCCGCGUGGCGGUCCCCCGGGUGGCCCCGGCGACGGCUCGCAGUUGGCGGUGGAGCCACGCUCCUCCCCCGAGCGCGGCACGGCGCCGCCAACGCUCCUGCUGCUGCCCCCGACCCCCGUGGCCUCGCGCCGCCGCCACCUGCUCAGCCGGGCGCCACCGCCGGCCCAACGGCUGCGCUUCUCUGCGGCGUCCCCUCUCCCGGGUCGAUGUUCCAGCGGUGCCGGCGACGUCGGCGGCGACGUCGGCGGCGACGGCCACUCGGACCAAAGCAUCCGGGGUGGAGGCGCCGCCGCGGCGUUUCCGUCGCCCGCCAAGGAGCUCGGCGACUCGUCGUGUUCCGACUCGGAAGUCGAGACGCAGAGGCCGUCGUUCCUCAAGGACGCCGCCGCCGCCGCCGCCGCGCGGGAGGAGGAGGAGGAGGAGGAGGCGGCGUCCGAGACGGAGGAGUCGAACGGCUCGAGCCCCAGCCCCGUCAUCUUCCUGGACGAGGAGGGCUACGAGCGCAGCAUGCGCGCCGAGAUCCACGUGCCCAGCAUCCCCGCGCUGCUCGGCCACGACAUCGAAGACUCCGACUCGGAGCUCGGGGAAUUCUUCGACAGCCGCGAGCGCUUCGAGACGCCGGACGGCACGGGCGGCGAAGGCGGCGCGGGGGCGAGGGGCCGGCGCCUGCCGGCUCCGGGGCGUGGCGCCCCCAACCCGCGACGUUUCGAUCGCUCCUUCCCGCCGGCCGGGCUGCGGAAGCCGCUGCCCCGGAAGCCGACCGACGCUCCGGGUUCGCCCGUCGUGGGCCUCGUCGGGGGCUCGCCCACGCCGCCCCCCGCGGGCUUCGCCGACGGCCGCGACCCGUCGCCCCGGCCGGCGCUGCCGUCGCAGCAGCAGCAGCAGCAGCAGCAGCCGGAGUGGAAGCGCGCGUCGGCGUUCACGCCUCCCAACGUACGGGCCGCCGGCCCCGGCGGCGUCUCCACCGUGGCCGACUUGGCCACGCAGAUCUCGAGCAGAAUCUUCCAGUCGCUGGCGCUGGCGGCGCCGAGCGCCGGGCCCGGCGAGGGGGCAGAGUGCGGCCGGGCGGCCGAGCCGGCGCCUCCGGCCACGGCGGAGGAGAGCGAACCGAACUCCGUGUCGGAGCUCGCAAGCCGCAUAUCCGGCAGUAUCAUGAGGUCGCUGUCGUGCGCUCGCGGGGAGAAACGCGGCGGCGGCGGCGCCCCCCCCGUCCAGCGGAGAGGGAGCGAUGCCGGAGGUUCUCCGCACGGCGGCGGGGCUCGGAACGCCACGACGGGCCCCUAUCGGCGCACCCGGCGAGAGUUGGCGACGCUGGGCGAGUUCGCCGGGAAUCUGUCGUCCGCCGUGCUGGGCUCCGCCCUGUCCGGCCUCGCUCGCAAGCAGCGGGAGGGCGGUGGCCGGCGGGGGCCGCGCAGCCGGCGGGUUCGCUCGCGCGUCAAGGCUCCCGCCUCCUCCCCGGGGCGGUGCUGCUGGACGGCGCCCGGAGACCUGGCGCGCGUGAGCGCCAUGGCCGACGGCCUGGUCGGGGCCUGCUUUUACGACGCCAUCCGGGAGGUGGCGUACGGGAGGAGGCGGGGCACGGCGCCCGCCCCGCGCCGGGCCGCCGGUCUCGCCGCUGGGGACGAGAGGCUGGCGUCGCUGGUGGACGGCGUGGUGAGGGGCGCCGUGCUGAGCGCUAUGCAGGCCCUGCCGGACGCCUGGCACGGCCUCUACCUGGGCGCCGUGGUGCAGUUCUCGGGGGAGAUGGCCGAGCAGGCCGUGUUCGAGGCCACCAUGGAGGCGAGCCACUUGCCGCGCGAGGGCCGCGCGUGGAACGCCGGCGGCGCCGUCGUGGACGUGUACUCGUCCGACCUGGCCGAGUCCGUGCUGCAGGAGGCCUUCAUCGGCCUCUCCUGCUCCGCGAGCACCUUCCCCUCUCAGGCGGCCAUCAGCAUUUCCCGCAACGGCCAAGUGCCGGGCGCCAGUGGCCUUCCGCCGCCUCCGGCGGACGUCGCCGGGCCGUGCCUCGUGGAGGCCGUCGGCAGGGAGGUGAGGCGCGGCGACUUCGCGGCGGCACCGGCUCCGGUCUCGGAGAAGGAGUCCGGCUCGGAGUCCGGCGACGGCACCAGCUUCUUGUCGUCGCCGCUGCCGUCCGUGGCGGGCCCCGGCCCCGAGCCGGUCCUGGGCCGGUACGCGGGCUCCGUCUCGUCGGCGCUGUUGCGGGAAGCUCUGAGCGCCGCGUCCGUGGAGGAGUUGGCACGGAGGCCGAGCGGCGCCGGCGGAGAGGCCGAGCCGGCCGAGCCGGCCGAGCCGGCCGAGCCGGCCGAGCCGGCCGAGCGUCUCUCCCUCUCCAUGCCGCGCUUCCCUGCGGAGGAGGCCAAGGGGCGGCACGAGGGCUCUGAGACGCCGUCCGCCCUGCCGCCGGCGCCGGCGGGGGAGGGCGGCGACGGCGGCGCCGCGGGGACGCGGUCGCCCGCCACUCCGCCCCCGAGCCCCGUGCAGACUCCGGAGCCGUCGGUCGAUCGCGGUGGCCUGCGCCACCCGGGGCUCUGCCCUCCGCCGCGUCCGUCCGGCCCGACGGGGGAAACGACGGGCGGCGGCGGCGGCGACAGGAAGGUGAUGCGGAGGCUGAGCAAGGAUCUGAAGCGGGAGCUGUCCAAGUGCUUCCAGCCCACGGUGCCGCCCUCCACGCCACGCGCCAUGACGGCCGCCGAGCUGUCGGGCGUGGGCCGCGACGCCGAGGAGAAGGCCGAGUUCGUGCUGCGCGUCGCGCGCUCCCUGUCGGAGGCCGGGGCCAGCAGCGAGGACGAGGCCGAGGGGGGCGGCGCGCCCGCUCACCGCGACGUGCAGGCGUACUCGAGCCGGCUCGCCGGGGACAUCGUCUCGCUGGCGACGGAGCUCGCGUCCAUCUACAUCGACGACACGAAGCCCAGGGACGUGUAUUUCCGCAGGGAGCGGCAGCGGAAGAAGAAAGCGGCGCCGGGCGGCGCGGACGUCCUGUCCCUGGUGAAGGCCCGACUGGAGAGGUCCGCCGAGGUCAUGACGCGCAACAUCCUGCGGUCGUCGCUGGCGGCCGCCAACCGCGGGAGCGCGUGGGCGGCCGCGCCGCCGCCGCCGCCGCCGAUCGCCGAGCGCCCGGACAGGCUGGAAGACGCGACGGAGUCCCGGCUCCACGACUGGGCCCUCCGCCUCGCCCUGCCCGGAGGCCGCGCCGCCUGCGGCCUCGCCAGCUGGCCCCACUGCCGCUACCGCGAGAAAGCCGGCAGGGUCGAGAGCCUCACGGUUCACCUCCGGGCCUUCGCCGACGUCUGCGCCGAGGACGUCGUCGCUUCGUCGGUGGCGGCCGCCGCCGAGGGCCGGCGCCGCGGCGGCGGCCUCUGCGGCUGCCGCCGCGCCGCUUGCUGCUCCCGCUGCUGCGGCGCGGGGAAGCGGUCGAGGAGCGACAGCGUCACGGAGGAAUUCUACCUCUUCGUGACGCGAGGGGCGGAGGGCGCCCCGAGGAGGGCCGGGGGAGGCGGCUGCCCCCCGCACCGCCCGUGCGCCGGCGGGGCCGGCGGGGCCGCGCCGGCGCUGGGCCGCUUCGCCGAGCGCGUGGCGAGCGACGUGCUGGCGUCGCUGCGCGCCACGGGGCUUGCCGGGAGGCCGGGCGCGUCGUCCCGCGUGCCGGCGCCGUCCCCCCGCGUGGAGCUGUACGCCGCGAGGCUCGUCAACGUGGCGCUGUGGCAGGGCAAGUGGGAGGUGAUCCGCCGGCGCGGCCCGCCGCCGCUGCCUUCGCCUCAGAUGAGGUCCACGCCCCGGGCGGGCGCGCGGCCGAGCGCGACGGCCGCGCGCGGCUGGGGACCGCCGCUCAUCCGCGUGGAGGCCGAGGCCGGGUCGGCGGGGGGGCCGGAGGCGACGGGGAGGGGCGAGGGGGAGGACGGGGGAAAGACGGCGGCGGGGUCGGGGGCCGCCGCGGGCGACCUGGGCGAGACGUCGGACAGCGGCAUCGUCGGAAGCUUCGCGGGCAGCAGUGCGCCGCAGCUGGCCCGCAACGCACGCUCCGGAGAGAGGAUCUCCACGGACGCGCCGGGCGCGGGAGGAGGAGGAGGAGGGGGCAGCAGCGAGGGCAGCUCGGGCAGCUUGGGCAGCUGGGCCCAGCUGAGCAGCGAGGGGGUGGGCGACGAAAGCAGCAGUUUCCUGCAGCUCAGCGACAGCAACGGGGCUGGCAGCAGCUGGAGCAGCCUGGCCACGGUGGACGUCGAGGGCUCCGAUGAGAGCUUUUCCUUCCCCACCCUCUCCACCAGCGACCCGCAGGGGGCCGCGGAGAACAGUCGGCCCACGGGAGCCUCCGGGACAGCCGUGUGGAAGCAGGAUCUGCUGGUGCACACCGUGUGGCCACGCUGCUCGGGCCUCCGGGCCGAGGAGGCCGUGCUGGUGCUCUGGGCCGUCGCGUCGGCCCGCGGCGUCGCCCGCUUGCGCGUCACCGAGUCCCAGCUGCCAGACCCGCAGCAGCUGCAGGCCCUGGUGCGAGCCGCUCGGCGCCGCCUCUGGACCGUGGGGGACCUGGUCCGCUCCCUGAGCCGGCAGCGCGAGACGGCCGACGAGGAAGAGGAGGAGGAGGGGGUGGUGGUGGUGGAGCCCACCGGCGACCCGGAGCACCACGCCUCCCUCUUCCAGCGGGUGCUGGGCCUCACCUAGCGGCCGCAGGGGUUGGGCGGGGGGUCGUCGUCCGUCCCUCCCCCUCCCAUGCCCCCCCCCCCUCGCGCACCUUGCUCUGGCUGGGUCCCCACCGGGUCUGC